AAGCACAAGUUCCACGUUAGCGUUUUUUAUUUAGAAGUUUAUUAAACACUGGUACUCAUUUAACUGCACAGCAUCCUAUACUUACCUUGUUUAGUGUUUAAUUCGCUUUAGAGACAGGACUUGAUAGGUGUUCCAGGUAAGGCUAGCUAGCUGCUAACAAUGGCUAACUGUAUGGGUUUUCACACUCAAAUAGCCUCCGUCAUGGAGGUGCUAGCGAAUGCAGCAGUGACAGAGCUCUGUAAACUCGUAGAUGACGACUAUGCAGUGCUUCGUUUGGAAAUAACUCAAAGCCAGAAAGAAAACAGGGCAUUGCGCAGGAAACUACAGCUACUGGAACUGAAGGUGUCACGGGAGCGCGUCUUCGCCAGUCGUCCCAGAAGUGUCAAGAUCGUCGACCGAUACAGAGGAAUAGAAAGAGGUGAAGGACAUCUCACUAGAGGCCACAGGAGCUUUGUGAAGCCAGCGGGACACAACGCGUGGAGAGAUGACCAACCAAUCACUGUUGAUGAGGGGAGUGGAAUCUCAACCCAGCACGUUAUCAUGAUAGAGUCUGCAGAUGCAGAGGCUGCAGUUCCUGAAGGAUUGUCUCUGGUCAAGCAGGAGAGGUCUGAAGGAGAGGAGGACCGAGGGCACAGCAGGGACAUCCAGACUGGAGAAGCAGCUGGAGCGCCCCCUGUAGCCACGGUAGACCAUACCAUUGCCCCAGCGCAACUCUGGACCCGAAGCAGAAUCGCGGAGGUCAGUGGAACGCCGAAUGCAGUCCUCAAGUCAGAGACAGACAUCAAGACUUUAACUGUAACACAAAGGCUGUUACACACAGGAUCUGACCACAGAUCAGACCCAGAGAGACUGGGGCUGGGGCCACUGGGCUGUCCUCCUGCUCCUGGCUCAGAGUAUUUACCGGUAUUUCAACAUAGCCAAAGGACAGUUCAUUCCCAUGGAGAUGGUGACACGUUAGCCACUGGCGGUGAUGCUCUGUCUUGUUCUUACACUACAGAGAUGGACCCUGGAAACAUGCCCUUGGGUUUAGAGACACAGACUGAUCUGUCUAGACGGGACUGGAACCAGUACAGUAGUAGUGUAUACUCUGAAGGGCGCCUAGAUGAGAAAGGGGAGGGUCUGGUCAUAGAUGAAGUGACUACAAAAGUGGAGGGUGACGUUCCUCCCACAUGGAAUGCAGAUAAUCACCUAGGAGAUGGACACUCACAGGGCAGAGAUUUCUUAAAUUACAGGGAAAGGUUAGAGACAAAUCCAAAUGGCUCUACCCAUUCUCCUUUACACGCGUUCAGGGAUCGCGACCCAGUGUCCACGUCGAUGGGGCCUUCCGAUUCACACGGCCGCUUCCUUUUCUACAGGGCAAGAGCCCAGGCUCAGGGAGGGGGAGAAACAUCAGGCAGUAGUAAGGGUAAACGGUUCCUCUGCAUGUUCUGUAACAAAGGCUUCAGCUGCACCCAGAAGGUAGAGAUCCACCAGAGGUUCCACACGGGGGAGAAACCCUUCAGUUGUACCCAGUGUCACAUGCACUUUGCCCAGGCUGGUGACCUGAAGAGGCACCAGAGGAUCCACACAGGGGAGAAACCCUAUAGCUGCCCCCAGUGUGAGAAGAGGUUCUCUCGCCAGGACCACCUGAAGAUGCACCUGAAGGUCCACACGGGAGAGAAGCCGUUCGCCUGUACGCACUGCGGGAAAAGGUUCUCAGAGAGGAGCUACCUCAGGAUACACCAGGAGAAAAACCAUUCCACUCUAUAACAUAGAAAGUAACCAUUCCACUCGAUAAUUUCUGACGUUUAGCUCAAACUCUGCAUUAAAGACAAAGAUGCAUUUUCAUUGUUGUCUGCAGAUAGAUUUCAGUGUUGAAUAUUCCAGGGUAGAAUAUUGCAUACAGACAUUGUGUGAUAGAGACAGCAUAUUUACACAGCGUACAAAACAUUAGGAACACCUGCUCUUUCCAUAACAGACUGACCAGGUGAAUCCAGGUGAAAACUAUGAUCCCUUAUUGA